AUGUUUUCCUUACUGCUUCAGAGAAUUAAUUCGGUUUCUUUUACAGAGAACUAUGCCCUUAAGUUCGAAGGUAAUGGCAUAUUGUCUCUUGGAAGAUAUCAAGAAUUAGACAAUUUAGAAAAAUUUACUUUCCAAUUUUGGCUUUGUCCUUCAGAAUGGAAAUCAGGCGCACAUGUAUUUGAGAAAGGAGAUGCUAUUAGACUAUCAUUAGGACAAGAACAGCAAUUAAAUCUUCACGUCGAUGGUAAAGAUUUCACUUUUACAUCAGCAGAAUUAAAAGUCAAUACAUGGGUUCACAUCACAUUAAUGAAUGGUAACGGUUCUCUUAUAUUUAUGAUAAAUAACCAACAAAUUCAAACAAUAAACGAAAAUAUUAAGAUUCCUGUUGAUGAACGCGCAUUUUACAUUGGUUUAGGUUUCGUUGGACGCAUUGAUGAAUUCAGAAUUUGGGGAAAUACACUUUCCGGAGACUAUGAUAAUUUCUGGCAAAAUACUUUGAAUGAAUUCAAUCCACAAUGGAACGAUUUAUUAGGCUACUGGAAGUUUGAUCAAUAUACCUGCCCCAAUAUUGUUGAUUACAAAGGAAAUCACCACGGAACAUUGUCAACUUCUGGUGUCUCUAGAGAGAAAGUAACCGAUAACAAUCUCUUCAGAUACAUGGUUGCUGCUGCCUACACUGAUUUCAUCAGAUUCUCAGAUCGUGCUAUUGAUAUCCAGAAAUUCCAACUCGCAAACUACCUUCUUAUCCUUUCAGGAAAGACAUCAGAGACAGGUCAUGCAUGGUUACCAUUUCCAUUCAACAAUGCUACACUUGAGAACGCUGAAUACGUUGAAUCAUUUGAAGGAAGGUCAGGAGUUGCUCAUUUCAAGGGUCAGGGAGCCAAAAUGAAUGGUGGUGUUGAACCAUUACCUGUUGGAACAUUUGCUUUCGGUACUUGGCUUUACAUUGAAAAUUGGGUUGAAAAUGCAAUAAUUAUUAAGAAAUAUCUUGAUGAAAAUAAAGGUUUACAAAUCAAACUUGGCAGUUCUGAUGAAAAGAAGAUCAUUGUCCACAUAAAUGGUCAUGAUUACACAAUCAAAAACAAAAUUGACGUAAAGAAAUGGUAUUUCUUAGGAGUUUCAACACAACAAACAGCACAAGAUGCUUUGCACCAAGUUCUCUUUGCUGUUAACGAUUGGACAGGAAAUGCUGAUGAAGGACCAAGUGGAGAAGCAAUACAAGGCCUUACAAACUUCACAGGACUUGAAAACACAGAAGUAAUCUUGGCAGAGAACUUUGAUGGUUAUUUGGAUGAAGUUGCUAUAACUGAUGAAUUUUAUGACGAAAACAAAUUGAAAGACAUGCAAAAUGGAAUGACAAUGUCAUAUUUCAGCAAAACAAUGGUUGUUACAACAUUAAUGAAGUACGACAGUUACUGGAAGUUUGAUAAGAAAGAUGAUUUAGGAUACGAUUGGUUUUCAUGGAAAGAAUUCAUCAGAAUCAUUAAAGAAGCAUAUAUUGGUAGAAGAGGAGCUAAUGUUAUCAUGAGUUUCGGUGGAUUUGAAAACUGGAAUACGAAGUUGGCUGAUCAAAACAUAAGAGAAAAGCUUGGAACAGAACUUGCAAAUAUUGCAAACACUCAUGAUGACUUUUGUGGAAUUGAUUUGGAUUUUGAAUGGCCAUAUAGCGCUGAAGAAUGGAGUUAUUAUGCUGAUUUAGUUAAAAGAACAAAGACAAAAAUGAAUCCAGAUAAAACUCUUUCAAUAACGCCACAUACAUGGUUCUACCAGUUCCCAAAGGACCAUAUACAAUAUGUCGAUCGCUUUUUGUUCCAAAACUAUGGACCGAACUCCAAUGAAAUCUUCACAGAUGCGCAUUUCAAGAAGGACUACGACAAUUUCAUAAAUUACGGACACACUAAUGACAAAAUCAUUAUGAGUUGGGCGACAACAACAACGGAUGGAGUUAAUGGAACUCAGAAGAAACCACCUGUUGGAAUAAGAAACUUAAUUACGCCAAGUUUCACAAGAGAAACAUUUGUUGUAAACAAAGAUGGAUAUGAUUAUCAUUUCAAUAGCUAUAACAGUGUUUACUUCAGAGCCAAUUACAUGAGACAGAAAGGAGCAACAGGAAUAUUCCAUUGGGAUAUGGGUAAUGAUGUCAACACAUCGCAUGAAUUUUCUUAUGCAAAAGUCAGUUCUUUCGCUAUCAAUUCUAAUGUUGAUUUGAUUGUUGAUAAAGUUGAGAACCCUCCUCCAGCUCCUUCUCCUGAACCAACAAUGUCUCCUUUGCCAACACAGUCUCCUGCACCAACACCAGAACAAUCUCCUCUUCCAUCACAGUCUCCAAGUCCAGAACAAACUCCUGCAGCAACAAACACUCCAGAACAUGAUUCGAAACUGGAAAACGUGAAAUAA